AUGAGACACCGCAUCAGCAAAACGCACAAAACGGAGAAGAUAGAGGUGGAAUUCAUCAAUCAGUCUAUGGAUCGGCUUAAUCUGCCCAUCAACACGGAUGAGCUAGCCAGACAGGCUUUUGUCCAUAUCUUUCGCGAGCUUAAGCUUUCCCCCAGUUCAGAUGCCGAAGAAAAACAGGUGUGGAUGGUUGAUCAGGAGAGUAUGAGCGUUCAGAUGCCGGAACAUUUUGAGCAACUGAUGACCGACAUUGCCACUGGAUUCUUUACUGAAGAUUCCAACUCAAGCUCAAUUCGACCCAAAGUGGACUGGGUUCUGUUGCAGCUGUCGGCUAUCGUGAGGAGGAAGAAGGAUCAACUUUACGCUGAUUCACCGCCGCCCAGUCAUCACAUUCGCGAAGCACCGUACUGGUAUUUCAAGACAACAAUUACUGGGUCUGAUGAUCUAGCUUUGAAGGCAUCGGUGGACUACGUUCUGUGGUAUGGCGCACGUGGAGAUUGGGACACAAACUUGGUAGUAGUUCGAAGCAGCAGUCUACUAGAUGACGAAUCCUGGGCAGCCCUUCCGAGCAUGUGGAUUGUUUACGCCGCCCGAAAAGCAAGGAAGUAUAAGGGUGGCAUCUAUGGAGUCUAUACCGAUGGCCACACUUGGACCUUCUUGCACCUCAGCGACAGGGGCCGUAUAUCCAAACGUUGUCUGGUAUGGGAUGAGAACAAACAGGAAGUAAUCGCCCAACUAUACAAGAUUAUCGGGCAGGCUUUCGACCUCCACAGAGCGCGAGAGCAGGACCCGGACGCUCGGGAGCGAAUGAGUCAUGAAUGUUUCUCCUGGAAUGAGGAUAGGGAGAGCUCUGACGAUAAUUGUCGUGAUGAUGAUGGUGAUAUAGCUCCUGAGGGUUGGUGA